CAGAUCCUGCCACUUAAUAUAACAGCAUUCAGAAGACGUUUGCAUUGAGCCCACCUGCCCCAACACCUUCUGUCCUCUGAGCUUCUCAAGACUCCCUGGAAUGUGGUUCCCAGAUGUACCACAGCUGGAUCUGAAAAACAACAGAGUUUAACAUUUCUCCAACCUUCUCUCCUUCUGAAGCGUCAAUCGGUGUAUUUUCCCAUAAACAUCAGUAUGUAAUUAGUUCUAUAAUUCAAUCCACUUAGCUUUCACUGAAGACCUGACAAGCCUAAUAAUAUCUUAAGCAUCACUGAGAUGAUUUUUCGAAGAAACACCAUCUUGGGGGGUUUCUACGUAUCCCAGCUCUGUGUGGGUGUCAUAGGAAACUCAUUGCUCUUCAUGAUGUAUGUGUACAGCUUCUUAGUCAAAUCUCGCUUUAGCAGACCUAUCUAUCCCAUUUUCAUGCACCUGAUGAUAGUCAAUGUGUUGACGAUCAUAUUUGCUAUGAUAUCACAUAUCAUGUCAUCCUUUGGAGUACCCAGGUUUCUAGAUGAUGUUGGUUGUAAGGCAGUUUUAUACAUAUUCAGAGUCACCCGGGGUAUGUCCAUCUGCACCACCUCUAUUCUAAGCACAUUCCAAGCCAUUACCAUCACGCCCAGUAAUUCUAAGUGGGCGUGGCUUAAACCUAAACUCUCAACAUGGACUUUUCACUCCUUCCUGUUAUCCUGGCUCAUCAACCUGUUUAUAUAUGUGCACACCAUUGAAACUAUGACAGCAAAAAUCAAUUACACUGAUCUUGAUUAUGGAUAUUCUCAUGCUUACUGUAAAAUGAGACCACCUGAGUACCCCAAUCCAGGGUUGUUCCUGAGUGUUAUCAUAAUAGGAGACAUCAUCUUUCUGACCCUCAUGAUGUGGACCAGCUUCUACAUGGUGACUGUCCUUUACAGACACCGCAAGAGAGCCCAGCAUCUCCACAGCACAAGCCUCAACUUCCAGCCAUCUCCUGAACGCAAAGCCACUCACAGCAUCUUGCUGCUGGUGAGCCUUUUUGUGUUCAUUUAUUUGUUGCAUAACUUUAUCACCCUUUGUGGUUUUUAUGCACAAACAAAAAUUCCAAGAUUGGAAGUAAUUAAUGUAAUUUUGACAACAUGCUACCCAACCAUCUCCCCUUUUUUACUAAUGAAGAAUAAUAAACUUAUUUUGCAAUUCACUUCUCUCUUUUCUGUAGUGAGAAUGACCUGUUUUCAAAGUGCACUCCGUGGCUGA